CGAAUUCCUGGUAAGAAGAGGCAGAGCAGCGGGAGUGUAGUAGAUAUGUGGAGGAAAGGCUGGAAGAGGAAGGCCGAAGGAGACUCUGCUGGCAACGCUGAAGCUUCCCGCUCCAGGAAAUUCCCUAAGGGGGAUUCUGAAGACGGCGGGGGAGAGGAUGACAUCAUCGUCUGUGAGAUUUCAAAGAAUCGGAAGGUUUCGGUGCGGCAGUGGCAGGGGAACGUCGUCGUUGACAUCAGAGAGUUCUAUGUGAAGGACGGCAAGGAAAUGCCUGGGAAGAAAGGUCCACUCUUUUUACAAUAUUGAUUUUUACAGUAGGUUCUAAGUAGUGGCUAGGGAUUAGGAAAUGCAUACUGGAUUUGUUCCCUUCCUCUUCUUAAUAAAGGAGUUGGAAUCCCAAGUCUUUAAUUUUAUUGAAUUACUUAAUUUAAUUGAUAAAUAAUACAAACUGUAGGGUUGUAAAGAUAGAGCGAAGGGUGAAGGAAGGGGGAAAGGAUAUGUAUCCCAUGUUUGGGAGAAAUUGCCAAUGAAAAAGGUGAUCCAGCUCCCUUGCUCUUCCUUCCUCCUAUGUAAUUUCUUGCCCCUCCAAGUUGGGGAAUAAGGAGAGUGAAGA